AUGGACCCUGGGCUUCUGGUCCGGUGGGGUCUCGUGCGGUCACCUGUCCCCCUGACACGCGCCACCCGGACGUUGGCAUUCAACACAAACAACACGAGUUACCUUCUUCAAAACCGCCGAUUCCUGCGGGGUCCUGCAGCCCGUUCCGUGCCCUCUGAGCUGCAAACACAACCUACGCACAACUGGCGCACAAACAACGCAAAAAAUGUCCCAAAUGUCCGUCCAAAAUGCGCAAAAGUCUGCGCAAAGUUCCGUAAAGAGUCGCUUACAGCUCUGAGAGCUCAGAAAUCUGCAGCCGGAGACCCGGACCACGGCACUUUUUACGCAUUAGUUCCCAAAGUGCACGACAAGUGGGUUGCGGUUGGAGUGCGAGAGGGUCGCGGCCGCGAUGAUCUGACAGAUGAAAUAGCGAAAAAAAAGAAAGAGAAGGCGGGCGUCCUCCCAAACAAAACCAUGUUCCCCAAAGGCAAAGGCACCCCGGUGCCGUCGGACAACCAAGCGCGAGAAAAGUUGGCUCUUUACGUCUAUGAGUAUUUGUUGCACAUAGGAGCACAAAAGUCUGCACAGACCUUUUUAUCAGAGAUCCGAUGGGAGAAAAACAUAACGCUUGGAGAACCCCCCGGAUUCCUGCAUUCCUGGUGGUGUGUUUUCUGGGACUUGUAUUGUGCUGCACCAGAGAGACGAGAGACAUGUGACCACUCCAGUGAAGCAAAGGCCUUCCACGAUUAUAGCGCGGCAGCAGCCCCCAGCCCCGUGAUGGGAGGCAUGCCCCCUGGGGAGGGAAUGCCAGGAGGACCCAUGCCGCCCGGCUUUUUCCAGGGUCCUGCUGGUCCCCAGGGCUCUCCUCACCCUCAGGCUCCGCCCCCUAACAGUAUGAUGGGGCCACACAGUCAGUCCUUCAUGUCCCCUCGCUUCGCUGGAGGCCCGAGAGGUCCCCCCAUGCGGAUGGCCAGCCAGCCACCAGGUGGAGGACCGGGGCCCCAUCCCAUGUUGUCCAGUAUGGAGCCCACACGGCCACAAGGCCAUCCUAACCUGGGACCCAUGCAGAGAAUGAGUGGCCCCCGGGGCAUGGGGCCGAUGGGGCCCGGCCCUCAGAGCUUUGGAGGAGGCAUGAGGCCCCCACACAACGCCAUGGGUCCCGGUAUGCCCGGGGUGAACAUGGGCCCGGGGACAGGCCGGCCAUGGCCCAACCCCAACAACGCCAACUCUAUGCCUUACUCCUCCCCCUCUCCUGGAGCUUACGGGGGGGCGUCUGGAGGGGGGGGUCCUCCGGGAACUCCCAUCAUGCCCAGCCCUGCAGACUCCAACAACUCUGGCGACAAUUUGUACACUAUGAUCAACACUGGACCCGGAAACCGAAACAAUUUCCCCAUGGGCCCCGGCUCGGACGGGCCUCUGGGAGCCAUGGCCGGGAUGGAGCCGCACCACAUGAACGGAUCGCUAGACCACGCCUUGCUAACUCUGUACUGA